AUGUGGAUUCCUUCCUGGCUCAACUGGUACAAAAAGCCCGAGUACCGCGACAUCAAGGAGUACUCCAAUGCCGUCGUCUCGGGCAAGCGGCCACUGAGUCCCGAUGGCCGCGCUCGCACACACAUUCCCGCCCGCCUGCGCCUCGAGCGUGUGCUGGAGAACAAGACUUGCAGCCCCAUGUCUCUCUACGACUUCUACAUGUAUCUCAAGUACAUCGAGUUCUCGCCCGAGAACCUCGAGUUCUACAUCUGGUACCGCAACUACGAGGACAACUACAAGCGCGCCCUGGCCGCCGAAAAGGACUCGUCGUCCCUCCACAGCGAGACCGAGAGCACCACCACCCUCACCAAGAAGGACGACGCCACCGUCACCUCCACCGCCGCAACCACUGCUGCUGCCACCCCCACCGAGACCUACUCGUCCGACCCGGAAAUCGCAGAGACCCUCGCCCGCAUCACCGAGAUGAUCAGCACCCAGGCCAUGUGCGCCGGCGACACCUGCCGGCCCACCUUUGAGCUGCCCAAGGCCCCCGUCCCGCCCGUGCCCCAGCCCGCCGGCUUCAAGCGCGUCGCCUCCAGCACGCUGAACCCCGUCGACGCCAGCGCCGGCCGCCGCGCCGAGCUCAACGCCGUCAUCAAGACCUUCCUCCGGCCCGGCGCCGAAAAGGAACUCAACAUCCCGGCGCCCCUGCGCGACGCCGCCCUCGCCGAGCUGGCCCACUCCUCCGACCCGGCCCACCUCAAGCCCAUUGCCGACCACGUCUACCUGCUGCUGCGCAACUGCUCCCACCGCAACUUUGUGCGCCUCGGCGUCUCCAACGGCACCUUUGAGACGCUCUGCGUCGCCACCACGCUCGGCAUCGUCCUCACCGUCGCCGGCGUCCUCUGCGUGCUGCUGCGCGCCUUCACGCCGCACGUCGGCGCCCACUCCCGCUUCGACGUCUUUGCCGCCUGGCCCAUGUGGUGGCUCGGCCUCAGCCUCAUCCUCAGCGGCCUGCGCGGCUCCUGCUUCUUCCUGCUGCUCUUCACCCGCCGCCAGCCCCUGCCCUGGGAGCGCUUCGACGACAGCGCCAGCGUCGUGUCCCAGCGCUUCAGCAUCGUGCGCGCCCUCUCGCGCCUCAUGAUCUUUGACCGCAAGUUGCGCGUCAAGGACACCCACCUGCGCCGCCUGCAGCACCGCAUCGUCAUCCAGAGCCUCGUCUUUGGCGCCUUUUUCUCCUGCGUCGGCGUCUGCAUCUUCAUCUUCCUGCCCAUCUGGAAGGAGACGCGGCACUGA